CUACAAAAUUAAGAAAUCGUGAGUGGUUAAGUGCGUAAUGAACGAGUUCGUAAAUUUUUUAACUUACAAAUUUUUAUACUUUUCAAGCUCGACAUUAUAUAAAUAAAGUCUUAUAAAAGCAUGGAAUAAAUUGCAAAUAAUUUAAACAAGUUUUCGUAGUUACAUUCAGCAUAUACAGAAAAUGUUUGGAAAAUUUAUGAACAAAAAAUUUUUUCAUCCUGGUUCUCUUCCAAACAUAAAACAAAAAUGGGUUCACGAGCAACGAGCUGCUGCUAAAGAAAAGGUGCAGCAAGAUCUGCAAGAAACUUACGAAAAAGAGCAAGAGAGUUAUCAAAGCAGAAUGUUAUCUGCAAAAACCGACAACGAUAAAAUGAAACUUGAUCUAAAUUUUAUGUAUGAUCAACCACCUGGAAUGAAAAAAAUAAACGACGAGAAAAUUGAAAAAGAAGAGGAGGUUAAGUUUGAGUGGCAAAAACAUGCACCUCGUCCUAAAUAUAUCAAUGACUUAGGCAUUGAGUGCCAAGAUCAACCGUUUGGAAUAUGUGUUCGAAAUAUACGUUGUUUCAAAUGCAAAGAAUGGGGACAUCAAAAUACAGAUCGUGAAUGCCCUCUAUUCUUUUCAAAUAGUUUUGCUGAAGCGAAAAUUGGUAAAGCUGCUGACAGUCUAAGAUAUAGUGAUCCCUUAAAGUUGGUUAAAGACAUGCGUAAGCAGCAUGGAAUUACAUUAAAAAAAUCUGUUAUUGGACAGGAAAUAGAUCCCAUGAUUGAAAAUCAAACUUUAUUGGAAAGUGAUAAAGAAUGCAGCGAUAUUGGUGAAGAUGAUAUGAAAUACAUUGAGACUCUUUCAAGCAAACAAAAAAAAAGACUUUUAAAAAAUUUAACAAAAUUGCAAAGAAAAGCUGAAAAGAAAAAACAUAAAACAGAUGAAUUUAAUCAAGAUGAGAAAUGGUGUAUGAAAAAGAAAAAGAAAAAAAAGAAUGAAUUAUGUAAUGAAAGAAAACGUAAGUAUUCAUCGGAAUCUGAAUGUGGGCAUAAUAAAAGUUAUGAUAAGGAUUUAGAAUCAAAUAAACAGUACUUGAAAAAUAAGAAUGAUUUCAAAUCGAAUAAAGACAAUAAAUCGAAAGAUCAUCAUAAUCAUCAUAAAAAAAGAAGAAAAGUACAUCAAAAUAAACAAGAAAUAGAUUUAUCGCCUCCAAAUAAGCGUUUACGAAAAUGUACAAACUCAAAAUCUCAUUUCUAUACUGAAAAUGAGCAUAGUUGUAAUAUAGAAGAUGAAAUUGAUUUGCAAAUUUCUUUGUGUCGUGGUGAACGAGUUAAGAAAUGUUAAUAUGUAAAACUAUUUUUAAUUUACAAAAAAAUUGUUUUCAUAAAUUUUGAUAAGUUUUUAAUAAAGUUUAAUGUUA